AUGUCUGUGAAGGUUGCUGUCCGUUGCAGACCUCUCAGUCUCGACGAGCAGGCCGAGAAGACGACGGUUAUUGUGCGCAUGAACGACGGUGAGGUGACGGUGCUGGACUCGUUGGAGGGCCUCGGUGGGAAGUUCGCUUUUGACGAGGCGCUCUGGUCCACGCAGGUAGUUUCGGAGGGCUGCACCAAUCCACACGCGUCGCAGAGCACCGUCUACAGGUGCGUGGCCUCGGAGCUGAUGAAUCAUGUGGUGACGGGCUACAACGGCUGCAUCUUCGCGUACGGCCAGACAGGCAGCGGCAAGACGUACUCAAUGAUGGGGAUCCCCACAGAUUUAGGGGUCAUUCCUCGGGUGGCGGCGAGCCUAUUCACCGAGGUAAAUAACCUUGCCAGCAGUGGCGUGGAGUCCUGCGUGGAGGUGUCCUUCUUUGAAAUCUACAACGAGCGGGUGCGCUGCCUCCUCUGCCCGGCCGCGGGGGACUUUGACAACUCCACGCUGCGGGUGCGUGAGCAUCCAAAGUUUGGGCCCUUCAUUGAGGGACUCACAAAGUUCCUCGUCUCCACGGAGGACGAACUCCUGCGGCUGCUAGACGACGGCAACAAGAUCCGCACCUCGGGGGCAACGGCGAUGAACGCCGUCAGCAGCCGCUCCCACGCGGUCUUUGUGGUCACCCUGACGCAGCGGCGGACGAAUGGCCGACUAGUGACAACAAAGACGUCUAAGCUGAAUCUGGUUGACCUCGCGGGCAGCGAGCGGGCGUCGAAGUCGAUGGCGACAGGUAAGCGGUUCACGGAGGGGGCAAACAUCAAUAAGUCGCUCAUGUGUUUGGGGAACGUCAUCAGCAGCCUCGCGGAGGAGCAGGAGACGGGGCGGCAGCGGCAUAUUCCCUACCGUGACUCCGUCCUCACGUGGAUUCUGAAGGACAAUUUGGGUGGGAACUCCAAGACGGUUAUGCUCGCAACGAUCAGUCCCUCCUCGGCACAGUAUGAGGAGACGAUGAGUACGCUGCGGUACGCCGAGCGGGCGAAGAGGAUUGUGAACAAGGCGGUUGUCAACGAAAGCAACAACAACGAGGUGAUUGCCGCUCUUCAGAAGGAGAUUGAGCAGCUUAAGUGCCAGCUGCAGGGGGCAUCCGAGAGUGAUAGGGACGGUCUUGCGGAGCAGCUUGCGGCGAGUGAGGCCUUUCAGAAGGAACUGCAAAUGACCAUGGAUGAAAAGUUGGCGGAGUCGCGGCGCCUGAUGGAGGAGCACAAGAGUGAGAUGCAGCGACUGGAGGAGGAGUUGGAGGCGCAACGGGGGGAGAUCGCGCACCUGCGGCACGACAACGCAGAGAAGGAGCGACGGAUUCACGGCCUUUUGCAGCACAUUGAAGAGGCGAAGAAGCGGCUCGGGGGGCGGGGCGACACAGAGGUGGAGCAGCUGCUACAGCAAGUGGCCGUGCUGGAGUCGGAGCAAAACGCGGCCUCCACCGCGACGCGUGUGACGGCAACUGCAAACACUCCUCGGGCCGCCAAUGGCACGGUGCUGCCACUCGAGCGCCCCGGCGAUGUGCGGCUGCAGCUGAAGGAUGAUGGCAAAGCCACAGGGCGUGGCUUGGCGAGGACCCUUGAGAGCGUUGGGAGCGAGCAGCCGCCGGCGGAGAGCGCCGCGACACCGCGUGGGGGGCAGCAGCGGCGGUUUCUUGAUAGACACGGCAACGUGACUGGGGAAAAAGUAGGCGGGGAAGCGCCUCCGUCUUCGUCGUCCACUGCCGCCGCGGAUCUGGUGGUUGACGAGGACUUGCUUCUGGAGGAGCUGCUGGAGUUGGAGGAGAGGUUUGAGGCGCACGAGCCCGCGGAAGAGGCGGCAGAUGCCGCGGACGGCGUGCAUGCCGGCGGCGGCGGCAGCGCCGACUCGGAUCUCCUGGCGGAGCUGGACGACUCCCUCGUGCUGGACGAAAGUGACCUGGAGCUCGACCUCGAGCUGGACCUUGACGUCGCCGCCGACGAGUCGGCGGGCGCCAAAGACGAGGAGCGCGGCGAGGCGGCGGCGGCGGCGCACCCCGCGGGCGACGUGCGGCUGGACGAGAAUGGCGACGGGGGCAACGACGUAAACGCGGCGGCCGCGGGUCAAGAGCUGCUCGAGAUCGUGGGGGGUGUGCAACCGAGUGGUCACGAGCGGGAGGCCUUUGACGUGUCGAACGCCCCCAAGCACUGCGCGGCGGCGGUUCCGCAGGGAAUGACAACUGACUCCAUUACCCCAAAAGAGACGAUUGCCGCGGAAAAGGAAAUCGCGCCGGAUGCAGCAAAUGGAAUUGUGGGGAACGACACAUCACAUGCGACGAAAUCCGAUGCUGUCACAGCCACCGAUGCGGAUACGGCCGUCGAUGCUGCUGCCGUGAAUGCUGCUGAUGCAUCUACGGCUACUACAACAGUUACCGGUGAUGCGGCUAUUGAUGCUGCCACGUCCACUGAUGCAGCUUCGCUACCGGCUACUACUCCCCUUCUUGCGCCAUUCACGGCUCUUACGACGCUGGUGGUCCCCUCUCAUGCCCUUCCCAACAACCGCUAUCUACUAGAGCCGUUUAAGGUUAUUAAAAUAAACGGUGCGACACUCAUUGGGGGUAAAAAAGACCGCAUCUGGUUGGUGGAUUUCUUCAAGCGUCGCUUUGCAAACUUGGACAUGACCGGAUACAUGUCUUUCCAUUACCCGGCUGGGAAUUUGUUUCGGGUGGAAAAGGAUCCCUGCAACUCGAGGCGGCUAACGCUUCACUUCUUUGAGGCGCCGCACCCGUAUGAAUUGGAGUUCACUUGCACAGGACGACGGCACCGAUUCUACGAGGUUGCCAUGGCGCUGCGCCGCAAUUCAAUUAUGUGGUGCCCGUCACUCUGUUUGGGAAAUGAGCAGGAUGUCAUUCUGCACGUGCAGGGCACCACAAUUGACCGCCCCAACGCGAAAUCAGUGAGGGUGAGUGGUGAUUCCAAGUUUAUGGUGGCUCGAACGCCGUACGAAGUAGUGGAUAUGUGGUACGGCUGCUUCUCGAUGCGAGAUCGUCCGCUGCCACGCAGUGCCGCCGUGCUCAACAGUUUUAUGCCGCAAGGCUCCCACGAGGUGUACGUUAUAGGGGUCAUGGAUGUCCCACGGGCCUUUAUUGGCAACGACGCUCUCUCGAAGUAUUUCCUCGACUACUUGGGGCCAUCGCUGCACUACGUCCUGGCAAACACAACUGUUUCUUCGAAGCGGAGGAAGACCAACAAUGCCAUGAUCGUUAUCGUGCGACAUUCGUUUAUUUUGCGCACUUCACACAUCGAGGCGAUGGAGACGACGCCGGUGUUCAGAGAUGAUAUCCCGAAAGGCGCCUUUACCUCCGUGGGGUGUGCCCUGCGCCUCAACGAGGUAGGCAUAGGCAUACUUUUGUUGAAUGCGAAGCCGAUAGAAUGCACAGUCUCACGGCGUGCGGCUGCCAUGCGUUUGAUGAUGAGCAGCUUUCCCUUCGGCGACCCCUUUGUUGACAUUGGGGCACGAUUUGAUUAUUUUGUCGUCUCAGGCGCCUUCAAUUUUGGCGCCGAUUUUAGGCAGGAGGACAUGCUCCUUGCACAGAUGAAGGCCGGGAAUCUCAUGUCGGACUUGGUGGAGGCGACCCCAAGCAGCGCAAUAUUAACUGCCACAGAGCCAAUUCGCAUCUUCUACGCAUUUCGCCCCCGCGUGUGUCGUCUUGACGUCAAGCAGUACACCACAUCUAGGGCUUUGGCGGCACCAAACGCCUUUAUCGCGGCGGAUGUGUUUUGUCAGCGGGCCUAUCUGGGCGUUUUUAGCGAGGAGGUUCCACGCGUACAGUUGGUGUUUGACAACUUGACUCUUGCCUCCCCGAAUCAUCGCAUCCCUGCGGUGGGCUCCCCGGAGUUGCGCAUCUCCGCCGACUGGAUAGAGCAAAGUCCGUUGCUCACGGCCUUGUUCAAGGAGGGCGAUGCAUACAAGUUGUCGGGGCCGGCAGUGCCUGUGGUGGCGCCAACAGUCAGCAACGCGACCUUUUUGCGGCUGCAAGCGGUGACAUUUUCUCUCUUGGGUUUCCUUCCCGCGGCGGCGACGCGAGAGCAGUCCGUCAUUGCCUCGGGGACUCUCCCGCUGAAGGACAUGCUUCAAUUGGGGGAGGUGGUGGAGUUCUCAACUGCGCUUUACUACCGUGCCUGCCACGUGGGAACUUUGUCGGGGACACUCUUUCUGGCAGCGUAUGAGCGAGACACGGCGGGCCUUGCCGGCCUGGAGUCCGAGCGGGACGUGCUCGUGGUUUCCUGCUACGAAAACCAAAUACUCGAGGGGAAGUGCUGGGUGCCGACGGUCUUCUCCCAGCACCACGCCUACAGUUUUUCCGGAGAAGAGGCCACAACGGAGUGCAGCCGGGAGGGCUGUGUGCUGCCAGACCGGAGCAAGUGGGUGUGGCUCAAUCUGUGGCGGCACGAGGUUUUUCCGCAUGACGCGGAAGGGUGGACGUACAGCGAGGGGUUUGAUCAGCCGUUUCACCCCACCAGGCUCUCCAAGACGAGUCUUGUCCGCCGUCGCCGUUGGACACGGGUCAUGCAGGCCAGUGACCCCAUGACGUACCACAACUACGUGAUGCUACAGCGGCCACAGAACGCGGCCUGUUAG